AUGAGUUCCAGCCAGAUUUCACUGCACAUGAAACAUCAGAGAUUUAACAGGCAGAAGAAACCUUCAGAAUGUAGUGAAUGUGGAAAGUGUUUUACUCAGAGAUCACCUCUUACCCAGCAUCAGAGGAUUCACACAGGAGAGAAGCCCUACGUAUGUACUGAAUGUGGAACUUGUUUCCGUAAACAGUCAAAUCUUAUUCAACAUCUUAAGAUUCAUACAGGAGAGAAACCUUAUAAAUGUAAUGAAUGUGAGAAAGCUUUUCAAACAAAAGCAGUCCUCAUCCAGCAUCUGAGAAUUCAUACUGGGGAAAAACCAUAUAAAUGCAGUGAGUGUGGCAAAGCCUUUUGUCAGAGUCCAUCCCUUAUUAAACACCUGCAAGUUCACACUGGAGCGAAACCCUAUAAAUGUAGUGAGUGUGGCAAAGCCUUCAGUCAGAGUAUAUGCCUUACUCUUCAUCAGAGAAGGCAUCCUGGAGAUAGACCUUAUAAGUGUAAUGACUGUGGGAAAGCCUUUAAUCAGAGCACAUGCCUCAUGCAGCAUUGGAGGAUCCACUCAGGAGAGAAGCCUUAUACAUGUACCAAAUGUGGUAAAGCUUUCACUCAGAACUCUUCCCUUGUUGAACAUGAGAGGACUCACACUGGAGAGAAACAUAUUUAUAAGUGUAGUGAGUGUGAAAAAACCUUCCGCAAGCAAGCACACCUUAGUGAACAUUACAGAAUUCACACUGGAGAGAAACCUUAUGAGUGUGCUGACUGUGGGAAAUCCAGGCACAGCUCAGCACUUGUGUGACAUCAGAGGCUUCAUGCUGGAGAAUAAACUUGAGAUACAACCAGGGUGAAAUAUGAAAACAAUUUUUUUUUUAAAUUCUUAGAUUAGGAUUCAGCACUAGCUUAGCACUUGGGCACAUCAGAGGCUUCAUGCUAGAGAAUAAACUCGAGAUACAACUAGGGUGAAAUAUGAAAAAAAUUUUUUUUUCAAAAUUCUUAGGAGAUUAGG